AUGGUGCCGGCACCUGCUUUCGCACACGACCAUAAGCGGGUGGGCGGUGGCGGCUUUCAUGAGCUGGCAUAUGCCAUGUGGCUGAAAGCGGCUUCUUUCAACAAGACCUUUAACCCCAUUUGCAGUAAGAAACUACGUUUUCAACUUAGUUUCCCUGUUCACUUCAGUGAUGUAGUCAUUGGAGAAUUUGUGUCUACUAUAUAUUCUGAAUUGCCUCUACUGCACUUUAUGGAAUUUCCAGAAGGAUCUUUGAGAGGAAGGCCAUUGCCUAAAAACUUACAGCACGUCCUAGCCUUCAGUUUUGCCAUUCAGGAGAUCAACAUGAAUGAGGACUUGUUACCCAACAUCACCUUGGUCUCCAAGAUACAUGAUAAUGGUUUUCAGGCAAUGAAAGCCUCUGAGAACCUUUUGGAUUUCCUCUUUCUUGGAAGCUACUGCCCCUUCAAUUACAGAAAGGGAAAGGACCAAAACAUCAUGGCUGUCAUUGGUGAUCUUCCUUCCCAGAACACCAUCCAGAUAGCCAACAUCUUAAAUGCCUACAAAAUUCCACAGCUUCGUUUAUUUCUGAAAAACCUCCAUUUCAACAAUAGUGUUGGGGAACAAAUAGCUUUCAAUGAGAAUGGAAACCUGGCAGCAGCAUACGAUAUCAUCAACUUGAUUACUUUCCCUAAUCGAUCCUUUCAGAAGGUCCAAGUUGGACAUAUUGAACCUCUGAGUUCUCAAAAGGAAGACUUCACCAUAAAUAUAUCUGUCAUUGUAUGGAACCCCGAAUUUAAGCAGACACCACCUUCUGCCACCUGUGUAGAAAGCUGCCAUCCUGGGUACAGGAAAUUGAUUGAGGAGGGAAAACAGGUUUGCUGCUAUGACUGUGUCAAGUGUUCAGAGGGAAGCAUUUCCACCAUGAUUGAUUCCAACCAAUGUGAGAGGUGUCCCACAGAGCAAUAUCCAAAUGAGAAACACCAUCAAUGUAUUCCCAAAAUUAUCACCUACUUAUCCUACAAAGAAGUCCUGGGAGAAGUCCUGACUGGCUUUGCUGUUUCUUUUGCUGUAAUCACAAUUGUGGUGAUGGGGACAUUCAUCUUCCACCAGAACACUCCCAUCAUCAAAGCCAACAAUUGGGAUAUCACCUGCACCCUGCUUGUCUCGCUCCUGCUGUGUUUUCUUUGCUCCUUCCUCUUCCUCGGAUGUCCAGGGAAAGUCACAUGUCUGCUCCGGCAAGCAGUUUUUGGACUGGUCUUCUCCAUUGCAGUGUCUUGUGUGUUAGCCAAAACCAUCACUGUGGUUGUGGCCUUCAUGGCCACAAAGCCAGGGAACCGCAUGAGGUGGUGGGUGGGGAAAAGGCUGUCCGUCUCAGUCAUUGUUUUUUGCUCCCUUAUUCAAACAAGCAUCUGUGCUGCCUGGUGGACCAUUUCUCCUCCUUUCCCAGAGUUGGACAUGCAUUCCCAGCUGGAUGAAAUCUUAGUGCAGUGCAACGAAGGCUCGGAGAUCAUGUUUUACCUUGUCCUGGGCUACAUGUGGCUUCUGGCCCUCAUCAGCUUCACAGUGGCCUUCUUUGCCCGGAAGUUGCCCGACUCGUUCAAUGAAGCCAAGCUCAUCACCUUCAGCAUGCUGGUCUUCUGCAGUGUUUGGGUGUCCUUUGUGCCCACGUACUUGAGCACCAAGGGGAAGUCCAUGGUGGCUGUGGAAGUCUUCUCUAUCUUGGCCUCAAGUGGUGGUUUACUAGGUUGCAUUUUCCUGCCCAAGUGCUAUAUUAUCAUACUGAGGCCAGAGCUGAAUACGAGAGAGCAGCUAGUUAGGAAAAAGAAUGGUGUGAUUUCAAGAGCAACAUGA